ACAGAUCACACAAGCCCGAGUACAGAGGAAUUUAAUUGCCUGACACAAACCAAAGUCACAGCUUUCCCCUGCGUGAGUGGAUUAUACUGACUCUGUUCUGACAGGUUAGUACCUUUCAGAGAUGGCUGAGGCGCAUCAGGCAGUGGGCUUCCAGUUCACUGUGCGGCCAGAUGGUGUGGACCUUAAACUGAGUCAAGAGGUCAUCAAAAACAUCUACCUGUCUGGAGUCACUGCAUGGAAGAAGCGAGCCAUUCAAUUCAAGAAUGGUGUAUUAGCUGGAGUCUAUCCUGCCAGUCCAUCCAGUUGGUUGAUAGUUGUGAUUGCCAUGAUGAGUUCCUUGUAUAUCCGCAUAGACCCGUCUCUAGGAAUGAUUGAAGCGAUCAAGGAAAACCUACCACACAGAGAGUAUUUAUCAGUGCAGACCCGAGCGGUGCUGAGUGCCAUUCUGUUUGCCACUGGACUGUGGCUGUUCUUCAUCUACCUCUUGAGAUACACACUCAAAGCUCUGCUUUCCAACCACGGAUGGAUUUUUGAAUCCCAUGGAAAAAUGAGCACAUCAACCAGAGUGUGGCUGAGCCUCGUGAAGAUGUUCUCUGGCCGCAGACCGCUGCUCUACAGUUUCCAGGCCUCCUUACCCAGGCUUCCUGUGCCCAGUGUGGAUGAUACAAUUCAAAGGUACCUUGAGUCAGUCCGUCCUCUGCUAAACAGUGAUCAGUACAACCAGAUGGAGAUGUUGGCCAACGACUUUAAAGAUUCAAAAGCAGCCCGGCUACAGAGAUACUUAAUCCUGAAAUCCUGGUGGGGGACAAAUUAUGUAAGUGACUGGUGGGAGGAGUACAUCUACCUCAGGGGUAGGGGUCCUAUCAUGGUGAACAGUAACUUCUAUAUAAUGGACCUCUUGUACAUGACCCCAACACACCGACAGGCUGCUCGGGCAGGGAAUGUGGUUCAUGCCAUGCUGCAGUACAGGCGCAAACUGGAACGUGGGGAACAUGCACCGUUGAGGGCUUUGGGGACAGUUCCUAUGUGUUCCACUCAGAUGGAGAGGAUAUUUAACACCACCCGCAUCCCUGGAAUUGAAACAGAUAUUGUGCAGCACCUGACGGACCGUAAGCACCUGGUCGUCUACCACAAGGGCAGAUUCUUCCAAGUGUGGCUGUACACUGGAGGGCGCCACCUCUUACCCUGUGAACUUGAGACACAGUUUCAAAGGAUCCUCAAUGAUACAUCAGAACCCCAGCCAGGAGAACUCAAAUUAGCUGCCCUGACUGCAGGAAACAGAGUUCCAUGGGCUCGGGCUCGGAUUAAAUAUUUCGGCCAGGGAGGAAACAAAGUGUCCCUGGACACCAUUGAGUCAGCUGCCUUCUUCCUGACGCUAGAUGACGAGCGACAGGGUUAUGACCCUGCAAACACCAAAUCACUUGACAGUUACGCCAAGUCCCUGCUUCAUGGAAAAUGUUACAACAGGUGGUUUGACAAGUCUUUCACCUUGAUCUCUUAUCCAAAUGGAAAAAUGGGUGUUAAUGCUGAACAUUCUUGGGCUGAUGCACCAAUUGUCGGACAUAUGUGGGAGUAUGUUCUUGCAACAGACUGCUUCCAUCUUGGCUACACGGAGGAGGGCCAUUGUAAAGGUGAUGUGAACAAAGGUCUGCCUCAUCCCUCUCGACUGCAGUGGAAGAUUCCAAAGGAGUGCCAAGAGGUCAUUGAGACUUCAUACUUGUCAGCCAAGCAGAUCGCUGACGACGUGGACUUCCAUGGCUUACUAUUUCAUGAGUUUGGGAAAGGCCUGAUCAAGAAGUGCAGGAGCAGCCCUGAUGCCUUUAUUCAGUUGGCCCUGCAGCUGGCACAGUUCAGGGACCAGGGUUUGUUCUGUCUGACUUACGAGUCAUCAAUGACUCGUAUGUUCAGAGACGGUCGGACAGAGACGGUACGCUCCUGCACUUCUGAGGCUGUUGCAUUUGUCAGAGCCAUGGAGGAUGCAGGUGCAACAAACGCCCAGAGACUUGCCCUGUUUCGGAAAGCAGCAGAUAAGCAUCAAAACAUGUAUCGUCUGGCCAUGACUGGUUCUGGUAUCGACCGUCACCUCUUUUGUCUCUACAUAGUGUCCAAAUACCUUGGUAUUGACUCGCCAUUCCUCAAGAAGGUGCUUUCAGAGCCCUGGAAGUUGUCUACCAGUCAGACUCCACAGCAGCAGCUCAAUUUAGUGGACAUCAACAAGUUCCCUAAAUAUGUGGGUGCUGGGGGUGGAUUUGGCCCAGUGGCGGAUGAUGGUUAUGGUGUGUCUUAUAUAAUCGUUGGGGAAAACCUCAUCACAUUCCACAUCUCCAGCAAGUUUUCCAGCCCGGACACAGACUCAUUCCGGUUUGGUCAGCACAUUUGUAACGCCAUGCUCGAUAUCCAGGCACUUUUUAAGACUGAAAAUGAGAAGAAGACAGUGGAGCAUGCAACGCAUGUACAUCUGGAAAAUGGGAAAAAGCACAUAUAACAGACACUGUGCAGUGGUGUGCUGGAUGUUCAGGUGACAGGUUGCAUUUGUGAUCCUUUUGGACACAUUAUAGGAGCUGGUCAUUUCACUGUCAGAUUAAAUAAAUUGUUGUUACUUCUCUAAUAUUGUUCUAUUUUAUAUUAUACCUUCCAGAACUGUGUUGUUUUGGUGCUGAGGGAUAGAUCUUUAAAACAGGAAUUUUUGUUUAUGCAAUGGUUGUUUCUCCCUCCUUUUUGUUAGUUUAUGCCAUAGACUGUAUAUAGAGCUAACGUGAUGUAAUUAAUCUAAAUAUAAUCUUGAUAUA